AAACUUGUAACAACUUGACACGAACAGAGCACUCAGUCACCUCUUUUUAAAAACCAAUAAUGGAACUAAAUUCCGUGCAAUAUUAUUGCCAACGCAGUAGGAUGUUGAUUGAACGGGCCAAAAAGUUGUUAACAGAGGACUCAGAUCAGGACGCAGAACGGGUGAAACCCAAUAGAAACCUCACGAAGCUUAUCCAGGAAGUAGCAGACGGAGCUAAUCCAGAGGGGCAACUCCUAGCCAUACAGGAAAUUCGCACAGAGCUCUCCCUGGAGGAUGCACCCAUUCAGGAGAUGAUCCAAAAAGGCCUUCUGCCUGUCCUGGUGGAGUGCCUCAAGGGAAACAACGCAGAGAAACUUCAGUUUGAGGCCACCUGGGCCUUGACCAACAUUACCUCUGGAAGCUCAGACCAUACCACCCAGGUUGUGGCUGCUGGUGCUGUGCCACAUUUCGUGGAACUUCUCAAAUCGAAAAAUAUGGAUACCUGCGAACAGGCCAUUUGGGCUUUGGGUAAUAUCAUCGGCGAUGGUCCUCUGCUUCGGGACUUUGUCAUCAAAUUGGGCGUGGUUCAGCCCUUGCUCCACUUGGUCCAACCAAAUAUGAUCUCUUCAGUAGUCUGCAAUGUGGCCUUAGUUAUUGGCAAUCUUUGCCGGCACUACGAUCCGCCGGUAGCCAAAGAAACUGUCUUGGAGUUACUGCCGACUCUUGAAAUCCUCAUGGAUCACAGUGACACGGAAAUCUUAAGGUGCACCUUGUGGGCCAUCAGCUUUCUGGUCGGCGGUGGAGAGGAUUACAUUCAAGUAAUGAUUUUCAGUAGAUUGAUCCCGAAGAUCAUAUCCUACAUGGGGGAUAAAGAGGCCAUAUUUAGAUAUCCUGCCAUAAAUGCAGUGGAGAAUAUUCUGACUGAAAUCGAAGAGCCAAACGAGAUGACCGGUGAUGAGGAGAUCCGGAGGAUUGCCAUCCGCAACCAGGCUUGGAUGGUUGUCCUAAUCAGAGGAGGAUUAGUUUCUAUAGUCAGGGAGUUCUUAAAAAGUGGUGACCCAAGGGAACAAGCCUUGGCUGUCAGAGCAAUGAGCAACAUAACCAUUCACUGUAAUCAAGAUCAGAUUCUAAUUUUGAUCAAAAGGAAUAUCAUUGAGCCGUUAUGUGAUCUGCUCACCUACACAUUUGAGGAUAUUUCCAAGGAAGCUCUUAAGGUUCUUAACAACAUGCUGAAAAAGUCUAGGAGCCAUUUGCAGAAGGUGGCCCAAACCAUCUUCGAAUGUGGUGGCUUGGCCAAAAUCGAAGCUCUACAGGUUCACUUCGAUGAGGAAGUCUACUUGCUGGCUCUCCACAUCAUCGAGACCUACUACACCGAUGAGAUCUAAAGCGCAGUCUACAUUUUGUUUAUAUAUUUCGAUAAAUUUAAAUAAAUUCCAAAAAUAGGAAAAGGAAAAGCCAGUCAAUGGCAAUUGUACUUUUCAAACUUUGCCCA